AUGGCCAAUGUUUACUUGUCGUCGCAGACAAUAUCACCAGCUUCCCAUUCCAAUUCUUUGCGAAAGCCAUCUGACGCGACUUCUACUCGCUCAAUCGGCUUUGCCUCUGACCGUUCUCCACUGCAGAAUCUCGAGCUUGAACUGAAGCAUAUCAGCAAGGAAGAGUUCGACGCACCUGGAGUUGGGCGUUCCCUCAGUAAAAGGCAGGAAGAGCGACUUCAACGAAGUACUACUAUCACGUCAAGGCUCACUGCCAGCCCUCCUGUUCCUUCGCCAAUUAAUACAUAUCCCAUUGGGGAUGAAGGUCAUCAACACCGAAGUCACAGGAUGGCCCAGUUAUUAGGAAGUAGCCCCUCCGAAGUUAAAAGUGAAGAUGGUCGUCGCAGUUCACCCCCUAAUGCCGAUGCACUGGAGAAGCCCCAAUCAGUCACAAAGCUUUCCCCUGCUCAAAUCUCUGGCCGUGACCGAAUUGGGCGAAGGUCUUACCAAGGAUAUCGAUUCCAGCAUAUAAGGCGAACAAGCAGCAGCGGGACUAAAAGUAAUAAAGGUGAUCAUACUCGAAUCACACGAGCGGCUGGGGGGAAAGAUGUCUUUGAUGUUAAGGUGGCUCAUUUGACUAUCGAGGAUCGAGAGUUUGAUUAUCAGUCCCUAAACGGAGGGGAUGCUACUAAAGAUGACGCACCUAGAGCUGGAAAUGCUUCUCAUAAUGAUUCUCGUGAUUUUUUUACUGCUGAAAAUAUCACCGAUAACCAAAUAUCUGAACCCAAAAACAUCCCUGCUAAGCCUAUCUUAUCUGUCAACUCCUUCCGCCCUGUGACCGUUAUAGAGCCUACGCGUAUGGCUCGAACUAAAGAAGAAAAAAAAGAUGAGUUGAUAUUCUCAUUUAUCGCGGCUAUAAAACCUCGUGCAACCCCUGCGCCUACAACAUACUCACCUCCACUUCAUGUCAAAUGUGGGCCGUUGCUGCGGUAUACGGGGUUACGUAGAGAUGGGAAACAAUCAAACGAAUCCACCGCGAAAGAUGAGAGGGAGACAUGGCGUGGAUCAGUCAUGAUUGUUACCACGGAUGAUCGGUCCGAUUAUACUACAAUUCCACGCAUCCGAUUAUUUGUGCAGCCAGCACUCAGUUCGGCCAUGACAGAUACUAAUAAUCGCACGGAAACCACAAACACUUCAACCGCUGACACAGAAGACUUGAAUAAUAACCCAAAAAAUAGAAAACACAGCGAAAUAUUAGGCAAAUAUAGGGAGGUCGAAGGCACCAAAUUACAUUCGGAAAGGGGUAUUACCUUCUGGAGAUUUACCAUUGAGGUAGAAUUGGGUGAUGAACAAGCAAAAAUUGCAUACCGCAUCAAUCAUGGCCCUGUGAACUCUUUUUGGGUUCCAUCGAGGACAGAGACUAUGAAUAUCAUGUUUUACAGCUGCAACGGUUUUAGUUUAAGCGUUAACCCCGAUGAUUUCUGCGGCCCAGAUCCUUUGUGGAGGGAUGUUAUACGCGAACAUGAGAAGAAACCUUUUCAUGUCAUGCUUGGUGGUGGUGAUCAACUUUAUAAUGAUGCAGUCACCAAGAAAACGAAGCUCUUCAAAGAGUGGCUCUCUAUCAAAAACCCGAUUCAUAAAAAUCACAGUGCGUUUACUGAUUCUAUGGCUGAUGAACUUGAAGAAUUUUAUUUGGAAAGAUAUUGCAUGUGGUUCUCUCAGGGGCUUUUUGGGGUUGCAAAUGCUCAAAUUCCCAUGAUAAACAUCUGGGAUGACCAUGAUAUAAUUGAUGGAUUUGGCUCUUAUCCUGACCACUUCAAUCGCUGUCCCGUAUUUAAAGGACUAGGCGCAGUAGCUUUCAAGUACUACCUUUUAUUUCAACACCAAAGCAUUGUAGAUGAGCUAGAGGGAAAUGAGCCUAGCUGGUUGCUAGGUGCUGCUCCGGGUCCGUACAUCGCUGAACUGAGCAGAAGCUGUUUCAUGUUUCUUGGAAGGAAAGUUGCGUUCUUAGGCUUGGAUUGUAGAACUGAGAGAAUGAGAGACCUUGUUCUAUCCGAGAACACCUAUAAUAGGGUGUUUGACCGACUCGAAAAAGAAAUCAUCCGAGGAGAAACAAAACAUCUGAUUGUGCUCUUAGGAAUUCCUAUUGCAUACCCUAGACUUGUCUGGCUCGAAAAUCUCAUGACUUCACGACUUAUGGACCCUUUGAAAGUGCUAGGCCGUAUGGGAUAUCUUGGUGGUUUUCUUAAUAAUUUUGAUGGAGGCGUCGAACUUUUGGAUGAUCUCGAUGACCACUGGACGGCCAAGAACCACAAGGUCGAAAGAAAUUGGUUCAUUGAGAAACUGCAACACCUUGCAGCAGAGAAAUCAGUUCGAGUCACAAUUCUCGGGGGGGAUGUUCAUCUUGCUGGGAUUGGCCAAUUUUAUUCAAACCAUCGAUUAAGCAUCCUUCGUGAAAACGAUCAUCGAUACAUGCCAAACAUCAUUUCCUCGGCAAUUGUGAAUACCCCACCCCCAAACGCUAUGGCCGAUGUUCUCAACAAGAGAAAUAAAAUUCAUCACUUGAAUAACCAUACAGACGAGGACAUGUACCCAAUCUUUGACACUGAUGUCGACGGGAAACCCCGAAAUAACAAACGACUCCUACCAAGGAGAAAUUACGCCGUGAUCAGAGAAUACGUUGAAGACGGCAGUAUUUCCGAUGAAACGAAGCCCACCAAACGUUCAACCUUUUCCAAACUUAGGAAGAACACAUUCAAAAAAUCACAAAAGGCUGACCCAGACGUCAACGUUAAUCUUGUUGGAUGUCAUCUUGAGGAUGGAGAUAAAUCAAAAGGAUCCGUCUGGACAUACAAAGCCUUACAGAACGAUGGUAAUGGUGGCUGGAUUUGA